AUGUCGGCGGCUGGGAUUGCCAUGAUGAUCCUCAGCACUCUUGUUAAAAGGACACGCAGACCUGUGACCUGCAAGAUUCGCAUCCUGCCAUCAAUGGAAGAUACCCUGAGCCUUGUGAAGCGGAUAGCGAGGACUGGCAUUGCCGCCAUCGCAGUUCAUGGGAGGAAGCGGGAGGAGCGACCCCAGCACCCUGUCAGCUGUGAAGCCAUCAAAGCCAUUGCUGAAACCCUGUCCAUUCCUGUCAUAGCCAAUGGAGGAUCUCACGACCACAUCCACGAGUAUGUGGACAGAGAGGAUUUUCGACAAGACCCAGCAGCCUCUUCAGUGAUGGUGGCCCGAGGGGCCAUGUGGAACCCGUCCAUCUUCCUCAAGGAGGGUCUAUGGCCCCUGGAGGAGGUCAUGCAGAAGUACAUCCAAUACGCUGUGAAGUACGACAACCACUACACCAACACCAAGUACUGCUUGUGCCAGAUGCUCCAAGAACAGCUGGAGUCGUCCCAGGGAAGGUUGCUCCAUGCUGCCCAGUCUUCCCGGGAAAUUUGUGAGGCUUUUGGCCUUGGUACCUUCUAUGAGGACACCACAUGAGAGCUGGAUGCCCGGCAGGCUGAGCUCUUGGCCAGGACCCCAGAGGAGCCAGGGGAACCAGCUGAAGACACCUCUGGUGUCAUUCACUUGGCUGUGAAGUUUGACUGGAGAGCAUAUUCCCCCCAAAUCACCCCCAAGAUGUGCCUGCUGGAGCGGUGCCGGAGGGAGAAGUUGGCACAGCCUGUGUAUGAAACAGUGAAUUCCUGGCUGUGUCCUGCCCUGCAUCCAGCCCUACAGUGUUCCCACCCUGGUGCCGUCACCCCAGCACACCCCAGGCUCAUACCAUGAA